AGGUGGGAAUUUCUCGGAAGACCUAGCGCCAGCCGUUCCUCCCCGCCGGGAGGCACCGUUACAGUAGCCAUCAGAGCCUCGGGCGUGCGAGGAUCGGAGAUCGUCGUCGAGGAUCCGGAACUGGUCGAUCUUCUCCCUCCCGAGAAACCCUCGCCCGGGACUUCCCCACCCUCUGCGGGUAGCAGUGUUUGGGGGUCAUGACCGAUCAGAAGGAUGCAGACCUCACCCAUCUCUAACGGCCUUGAUGACCGCAGCCCCAGGUACCUCAUUGCCCCCUUGCCAGCAGCCCACCAUCAGUGGCCUUUCUCAGAUCACCAGCAGCCUGUAUAUCAGCAAUGGUGCAGCAGCCAACAACAAGCUCCUCCUAACUAGCAACCAGAUCACCACAGUCAUCAACGUCUCGGUGGAGGUGGCCAACACCUUCCAUGAGAACAUCCAGUACACACAGGUGCCGGUGGCUGACAUGCCCAGCUCACGUCUCUGUGACUUCUUCGACCCCAUCGCCGACCACAUCCACGAAGUGGAGCUGAAGCAGGGCCGCACGCUGUUGCACUGUGCCGCUGGUGUGAGCCGCUCUGCCACCCUGUGCCUGGCCUACCUCAUGAAGUACCAUGCCAUGUCUCUGCUGGAUGCCCACACAUGGACCAAGUCGUGCCGGCCCAUCAUCCGGCCCAACAGUGGCUUUUGGGAGCAGCUCAUCCACUAUGAGUUCAAGCUGUUUGGCAAGAAUACAAUGCACAUGGUCAGCUCCCCAGUAGGAAUGAUCCCUGACAUCUAUGAGAAGGAGGUGCGUUUGAUGAUACCACUCUGAGCCACACAGCCAGCCCCUGCUGAUUGUUGAUACAGACCAUCAUUUAUCCUAUACAAGGAUUGGAAGUUGAACAUUUCUACUUUUCUUGGUACAGGAACAUGGCAAAUACCUUUUUGUUUCUUUUCUU